UUCUAUUGCUAUAUUAGGUACAUAGAGGAGAACUUCUACUAGUUCUUACUUCCGAAGGUGUCGGUUACUUCAUGUCUUAUCUGCGUAGUUGGUUCUCGCUUGAUACCUCAAGCUCCGCGAGCAACGUUGAGCCCAACGACUCCUACCUAAACCAAUCACUUUCAGUCCCAGAAUUCCACGAAGAAGAUGAGGACGAUGGAUCGGACACGGCGGGUGAAGACGACUCACCGCCUGCUUUCCCCGCGAUCAACAGUGCACAACGUGCUGCCUCAUCUUCUUCAUCUUCAGACUCAUCCAGGCGACUCAGCAUACCAAAGAUACUCACAGACUCUGCAUUGAUGCCCCCACCGCCUGUACCUAGCCUUGCUACACGCCAACCAGGUGUUCCGCCUCCACAGAGUUCAUCAUCUCUUCUUGCACCUAUGACCACGAUUAAGCCACCCAAACGACCUUCCAGACGUGAUAAAGUAGCUUUAGCGCCAGGAUUUGGUCCUCUCGAUUGGGGAAACCUCAAAGCAUCUGGCCAGAACUUACGAGGAGUUGAUGCAUUAAUGCGCAUCCCACCAUCUGUUCUCAAGUUACAUAACAAGAAGGAGGAUGCUUGGACAGCGAUCAAUGGCAAGGUUUAUAAUAUCACACCCUACCUCCCGUUUCAUCCGGGUGGUGAGAAGGAGCUCAUGAGAGUAGCGGGUAGAGAUGGAACUAAGUUGUUUUCACUGACGCACGCGUGGGUAAAUGCAGACUUCAUGCUUGAUGCAUGCCUGGUUGGAUUCCUAGUCUCAGAGCCAAGCUCAUAAUAGAUUGGACAUGACGUUGGAUAUAAUUGUUUAGAUUGCGUGGAUUAGAACUGCAGGCUGCUAUCGAUAUCUGUACUCAAUUACUUGCUGUGCUACAACGGGCGCCGCAUAGGCACUGCGGUGUACUUUGCGCCUAAGCCGGACCGCCACAGGAUGGACAUUUGGGCUAGGUGGUUGCUUGUAUGUUCUUCUUCUGCUAAAUUUAAUGUAGAGCCCUAACAUGUGACUGCAAGAGUUGAUCGCAAUCGUAAUAUCCAGUGUCGCAUCUCACUGGAAGUCUACUAUUGCCUUGAUCAUCGCAAUGAAAGCGUUGCCAC